CAGCGGCUGCGUCCCCGGAGCGGCGCGGACCAUGCUGCUGGACGCCGGCCCGCAGUUCCCGGCCCUCGGAGUGGGCACCUUCGCCCGGCACCACCACUCGGCCGCGGCGGAGAUGCAGGACCGGGAGCUGAGCCUGGCGGCGCAGAACAGCUUCGUGGACUCGGCGGCGGCGCACAUGGGCGCCUUCAAGCUCAACGCCGGCGCCCACGACCUCUCCCCCGGGCAGAGCUCGGCGUUCACCUCGCAGGCGCCCGGUUACCCUGCCGCCGCCCUGGGCCCCCACGCCGCUCAUGUCGGCUCCUACUCCGGGACGCCCUUCAACUCUACCCGGGACUUCUUGUUUCGCAGCCGGGGCUUCGGGGACUCGUCGCCGGCCGGCGGGCAGCACGGCAUCUUCGGCCCUGCGGCCGGCAGCCUGCACCACCCGCACACGGACGCUCAGAGCCACCUCCUCUUCCCGGGCAUCCACGACCAGCACGGUCCCCACGCCUCCCAAAAUGUUCUCAACGGGCAGAUGCGACUGGGCUUGCCGGGGGAGGUAUUCGCCCGGUCGGAUCAGUACCGCCAGGUUUCCAGCCCCAGGACUGACCCUUACUCGGCGGCUCAGCUGCACAACCAGUACGGCCCCAUGAAUAUGAAUAUGGGCAUGAACAUGGCAGCCCACCACCACCACCACCCAGGUGCCUUUUUCCGCUACAUGCGGCAGCAGUGCAUCAAGCAAGAGCUCAUCUGCAAGUGGAUCGAUCCCGAACAGCUGAACAACCCCAAAAAAAGUUGCAAUAAAACUUUCAGCACCAUGCACGAGUUGGUCACCCAUGUCUCGGUGGAGCACGUUGGGGGACCCGAGCAGAGCAACCAUGUCUGCUACUGGGAGGAGUGUCCCCGCGAAGGCAAACCUUUCAAAGCGAAAUACAAACUGGUCAAUCAUAUCCGAGUGCACACGGGAGAGAAACCUUUCCCCUGCCCCUUCCCUGGCUGCGGAAAAGUUUUCGCCAGAUCAGAAAAUCUCAAAAUUCACAAAAGGACGCACACAGGGGAGAAGCCCUUCCAGUGCGAGUUCGAGGGCUGCGACCGGCGCUUCGCCAACAGCAGCGACCGCAAGAAGCACAUGCACGUCCACACCUCGGACAAGCCCUACCUGUGCAAGAUGUGCGACAAGUCCUACACGCACCCCAGCUCCCUGCGGAAGCACAUGAAGGUGCACGAGUCGUCCCCGCAAGGCUCCGAAUCCUCCCCGGCCGCCAGCUCCGGCUACGAGUCCUCCACCCCCCCGGGGCUGGUGUCCCCUAGCGCCGAGUCGCAGAGCACCAACAACCUCUCCCCUGCGGCGGCGGCGGCGGCGGCGGCAGCGGCGGCGGCCGUGUCCGCCGUGCACCGGGGCGGCGGCGGCGGCGGCAGCGGCGGCGGCGGCGGCGGCCACAGCGGCCUUUCCUCCAACUUCAACGAGUGGUACGUGUAG